AUGAAAACAGCAACGACCCAAAUAACUGAAGAAAAAACAUCAACAAGCACAGGAUCUGUACCACCAACUACUACAUCAUCGAAUAAUCGUCCUACAACAUACACAGUCAUCAGAAAGUGCCAUACAUGUGGAGACGCUAAUUCAUCUAUUUCCUGUGAUACGAGGACAAUCUACUUGGGAAAUUUACAGAACUGUGCAUCGGAUGAACAUUUUUGCAUGACUGACAUUGUUCAUGACGGAACUGCCUAUCCAAAAACCUUUAAAAGGUGUGUGACGGAGGAGGAAUGCCGAAACAAGUGGCUCCACCAAACGUCAGAUCUGGAAUACUGUAUCAACUACGGCAGUGUCCCAAUGACGGGACAAUACAGCUGUCACUUCUGUUGUGUCUCCGACGGAUGUAACGCCGGACAGGUGCCGGAAAAAUCCACCUAUUAUUCUAAAGCCUGAGUAUUU